AUGAGUUAUCCUUCCAACAGCGAUUGGAUCGACCCGGAUACCCCUCUCAAAGAACAUGUCAUCUCUCCCCUUUCCCGUGGGGAUUCCAGAGGCUAUCGUCUCGUGUUUUCGGAAGAGUUUCAAGUAGAAGGACGCACCUUUCGGGAUGGAGAAGAUCCUCGUUGGACGGCACUCGACAAGAAUGACAUUACUAACAAUCCAUUGCACUAUUACAGUGACGACGCCGACGCGGUGAGUUCUCACAAUGGAUCACUUAGUAUUCGACUUAGCAUUGAACAACGAGAUGAUUUGCUCAACCGAAACGAGUCGGGACCAUUCACCGAAACCAAAGAAUUCAAAUCGGGCAUGCUGCAGAGUUGGAACAAAUUCUGUUUCACCGGAGGGAUCGUCGAGUUUUCGGCCAAAAUGCCAGGAGAUCCCAAUGUGGCGGGUCUGUGGCCUGCCAUUUGGAUGAUGGGCAAUCUGGGUCGAGCCACCUAUAUCAAUUCGACCGAAAACAAGUGGCCCUUUUCCACCAAUGUCUGUGACAAUCGUACCCGCAACAGUCAGCUCGUCAACUCGUGUCCUGACAGCUAUUUGCGCGGUUCUGCUCCCACAAUGCCCCAAGGAAGUGGACGAGGAGCUCCCGAAAUUGAUUUGUUGGAGGUCAUGAUGAUGGAUGAAUACUUUGAGAGUCCCAUCCUGUCAACGUCCCUACAAGUGGCUCCUGGUGUUCCCACCGAGAAACGUCCUUUGCUUGGUCAAGAACCCAACGCGUCCAACACUUGGUAUUCGCCCGAGUUUGGCGACAAUGCCACACGCAACACGUACUUUUAUGGAACCUGGUCCUUCCCGGCCGAUCCCACCACCAAACCCUAUCAAACCGACUCCAUCUCGGCCAACAUGGCACUCGGCAACGACUUUUACGAGAACUUUCACAAAUUCAGAGUAGAGUGGGAACCACCAGAAGAAGAGUCCGGAUAUGGUGGCUACAUCAAGUGGUUUAUUGAUGGAAAGUUGGUCACUGCGGUUUACGGGGAUGACUUGCAAAACACGUCGCAGACAGAGAUUCCAAGCGAGCCCAUGUACCUGGUCAUGAACCUUGCCGUUUCCAAAGAUUGGGGAUUCCCCGAUGCUUACUUCAAAGACUGCCCCAAAAAGUGCUGGAGUUGUCAAGAUCCCGCGUGUGCGUGCGCUUUGCCCAAGGGCUUUUGCGACAAUAUGCCUACCAGCCUCGAAAUUGACUCGGUGCGGGUCUAUCAGCCGACAUCAUCGAACAAAUACACCACGGGCUGCUCGCCGCCCAACCGUCCCACCAAAGCCUUUAUCGAAGCGCACAAUGACGAUUACAAGCUCUCCGACGAUGAGUUCCCACUGAAGCAGAUUCAAGUGGGAGGUGGGAGCUGUAACACGGACAGCGACUGUGGGACAGUUUCGACGACACGGGUGCAAGGAAUCUGCGUCAGGGGUAACCUAACCGCUUCCAGCGGCAGUUUUUCCUGUGCUUGUCGACGCGGCUGGGUGGGUCCUCAUUGCUUGGCUUCGUUCAACGGUGACGUGGAUGAAGAGUGGAACAAUCCAUUCGAAAAUGGCCCACAGGGAACUACCACAACGAGCGACUUUAGACCAGCGACAUUUGUUUGGAUGAGUUUUUUGAUGACCAUGAUGGCAUUUUGCCUGCAUUGGAAGUCGAGGACAGAGCAACGGGUCCUCCUGGACGAUGUGAAGAAAUCCAUACGAGUGCCGCAGACGUCGUACAAAUCAUUCAGCCCGCUGUCAUCUUCGACGUACGGAACGACAGCACGUGACGAUGACAUGGACACGAAAUCGUCUACUCCGCCAGCACAAGAGAUGUACGGCAACGGAUCCUAUCAGAAUGAUCCAGCUGUGGUGCAGCCGCCGCUGGCUUCAUCACUACGAUGA